AGUACUUGAGGAAAGUCGGACUCUAUGUCGAAACGCUGAUUGACCCGUGCCACCAUCUCCAUCACUGCCGUAUGAUGAGUUACCGUAUUGUAUUUGCAUUCGUGGGGUUUAUAUUCAACAUCAAGACUUUUGAGCAUUUAGUGAGAUGAAAUGAUUCCAUGCUCUCAAGGCAACCUCAUGGAUCAUCAGCUCGCACAAGAAGAUAAACAGCCCAGUUCCCCGGACGGAAGGCCUGCCACCAUGGAGCUUGACUUCUUCUCCAGCGACCGGCUCCGGAGCGAUGGCAACGACCACGGAGCUAGCGUUCCAGAUUCAGCGAAGCUCCAUCCUCUCGAUGAUGGUGGUGCAAUGGAUUUUCUCACCCUAAGGACUGGUGUUUUGUGGAGAGAGAAUCAUCAAGAAGAGACCAAGCCCACUAGCCAACUGAAAUCUUUGAGGGACAGACUUGAGGAAUUAAAGGGUGAGAAUCAAAAGCUAAGGAGCAUGCUGGAGUUGAUCUCCAAAAAUUACACUGCUGUUUAUGCCCAGCUUCUUCUAGUUAUGCAAACAAAGGCAUCAAUCAUUCACAAGUUCCAGGAUGAGGGGCUUGCUAAUGCCGGAGUGUCAACUUAUGGCGAUAAUCUGAGAGAGAGAUCGGAGCCAUCCGUGGAAGCCGGCAUAACUGAUCAACAAUGUGAUGGUCAGAGCGUGGAGAACCACAUAGGGAUGAAAAGAGCAUUGUCAUCGACGAACGAGACCAGCUCUGAUGAUGGUCAAACAAAUCAGUCUAUGACAACCCUAGAAAGUCCAAAUGUGGCAAGAGGCAAGAACAUAGUAAGAGAGGAUGAAGAAGAUCCUGAUAAUCAUCAAGACCAAGUUUUGGGUCAGCAGGGUUCUUAUAGAAAGGCGAGGGUUUCCAUAAGGGCGCGAUCUGAUGCACCAAUGAUAAGCGAUGGGUGUCAAUGGAGGAAGUAUGGUCAAAAACUGGCGAAAGGAAACCCUUGUCCCCGAGCCUAUUAUCGCUGCACAAUGGCCAUCGGAUGCCCAGUUCGUAAGCAGAUCCAAAGAUGUGUCCGAGAUAAGACCAUCCUCAUAACGACAUACGAAGGGAAGCACAACCACCCACUUCCUCCAACAGCUGCUGUCCUUGCCAAAACCACCUCCGCUGCCGCCUCGAUGCUCCUUUCCGGCUCAACCGCAACCGAAGCCGCCCCCAAUGGCAAUAGCAACCCUAGCUUCCUCUCCAGCUCCAACAACUUCUUGUUCCCACAUCACUUCCUCUACAGCAACUCCUCCACCAUGGCUUCUCUUUCUUCCUCAUCCCCUAAUUACCCCACAAUCACACUUGACUUAGCCCAAGCUCCUCUCAUCAAUAACCACUCUCUGCACAGCCAAAGAGCCCUUUCAUCAACACCCAAUUGCCAAACGCAAAACAUCCCCCCUUCCAAUGGCUACCCAGGGUUCCUAGGGCAUCCGCAGAUGCACAUGUUGCCACCACCACAAGCGCAUAACUUGCUACUAAACAAUCAGUACCCUUCUUCAUUGAUGGGUAACGUUGGAGCAACCAUCGCUAGCGACCCCAGUUUUGGUUCCAAACUAGCAAUUGCCAUUUCUUCGAUGGUAGGCGCAAGCGCAACUCAUCCAGGAAUGCUCAACAGCAACACGAAUGGCUGCACCAACAUCAGCUCUAGUACUAGCGCCAUUAUCGCCCAUGACGAUGCCUCUUGACCCUAUAUCGUUCACUAUAUAUUCCUUCUUUUCGAUGCCCCGUUUUCUCAGAACCUUCCGAGGAUUGUGUAGAUGUAUGCCACAUCGACGUCGAUUUGCUGCCUGUGGAUGAUGUGUGUAUAAUCGAAGGAAAUUUAUCUGUUGUAAAAGGACCCAUGAAUGAAUUCUCUUGUUAAUAAGAAAGAGCUUCUUCUUAUA